GCUUGGGGAUUUGAGCUUCUGCUUGGAAGAACCAGCCGUGGAUUUGUUCGCCGUCCAGGAGACCUCAAGGGCGCCAUCCGAAGUAACAGCUGCAGAGUCGCAUCGGGUGUACGAGGAAAUGAUUCGUCAUCGCUUCCCCAAAGCUGACCCCCUUGCCAUAACUCAACAUGCAAGGAUGAACUGCUUCAGGUUCAUCACACUCCAGAGCCUGAGGCGAAAAGCGGAAGAAGAAGCUCCGAGGAGCGUACUGGAUGCAAUAGAGUCUUCACCACGGACAGUUACGCAAACUAUGUUCCACGACUCCGGACUCGGAAAGUCCGACCGACAUGAAGGCUCAAGUUUUGCGAAAGGAGAUGAAGUGACAUACACGAAAUUUUUGCCUAAGUUCCCUGAGGCGGGCGCCUUGGGUGAGCAUUUCGACUGCAGCGUUUGCUUCCGCAAAGUGCAAAUUCCAAACGAGAAUGCUUGGACUACGCAUGUCAUAGAAGACUUAUUACCAUACGCAUGUAUCUUCCCUGAUUGUCGUAAAUCCACGCAGCCUUUCCGCAACCGGAACCUGUGGGAAAUCCAUCUUCUGCAACGUUCCCACAGAACGAACAUGUGGUCACCAGAUAUGACAUGCAAGUUAUGUAACAAGAUUGUAAGCGGUGGUUACAGACCCCACAUCGCGCACGCAGAGAGCCAUCUUAUAGAGAUCGCUCUCUGUAUUUUACCUACGGAUGGCGACCCUGAUCCAAAAAAAUUUGAACAAGCCGGAGCAUAUCUGCCCGAAUACAAGGUUCGCGGAUCGUCCUACGCAUACGAAAGGGAACUACCAUCAGUGUCUUCCGAUCCGUCACAAGGCAAUGCCGAUUCUUCCAAGAGCGCUGCGCUGGAGAAAGCUUUUCCACAUGUACAACAUGGAGUUUCCAAUACGCGUGUAGCAACCGGCCAGCGUAACUUUGAGUCAAGGGAGAAGGUUGCACGACUAGUGUCAGAUGAGUGGGCAGCGAGCGAUAGCGAUUCAGUACCUUAUGGCAGAAUCAGAAAACGUCAGUCAGCAUCAGUUUCGCACCUUAAAGCAGCUAGACGUAGUCCCAGUCCCAGCAUUCACAGACGUGGGACCGAUCGAUCACAAAAAUACGAGAGGCCGAAGUCUGGGCCCUUUCUGUGCCCUUUAACUCUCUAUGGCUGCCAGCCAAGUUUCUUUUCGAAAAAUGAGUGGAAACGGCAUGUCGCCACUCAACAUAUCAACCUAGGCUUCUGGCGCUGUGACCUCUGCCCAAAGACUAUCUACACCGGCCAGUCUUCUUGGAACGACUUCAACCGCAAAGACUUGUUCCUGCAGCAUCUUCGUCGCAUGCACGCGCGUGCUCCCAGGGAUUCACCGGGCAAGGCUGUCGUCCCAGCGACUGAGGAGAAUUGGAACGACCAUGUAAAACGCUGUUAUCAGGAGCUGCGUACUUACCCAACUCAGGCCUCUUGUCCGUUCUGUGAUCGUAGCUUCACCGGACCGGAUUGCUGGGGAGAGCGCAUGGAACAUGUGAGCCGGCACAUGGAGCAGCACGCUACACUGAGUACCUCAGCUCUCGAUCCGAAACAGUGGAGAAGCGAUCCAGAGCUGGAAAAAUACCUCCUCAGAGAGGGUAUCAUCUCCCAAGGUGAAGAUGGAGAUUUGCGAUUGGGCGACGGUCGUCCGCUGCGGUCGGGAGUAGCUCACGGAGAUGGCGCUGAGAAAGGCACCGAAGGCGAUCCAGAUGACCAAGAAUAGCAUUACUCGCUUAUGUAAUUUGGAAGAGAGCAAGAACUUCGGGAUAGGGUUUCCGAAAGUAAUCGUAGCCUCAUGCGAGUACUGCGGUAAGAAGAGUUCCCCCUAGCUUGAACGUGAUGUGGAAGUUCAAUAGUUGGUGAACUCGAGUCGUCUUUGUCACUAACGCGGCGAAAUUCUAAAUAUGUACGUUAUGAUA